CUUACAACUGCAUUUUUCUGAGAGCUGAAACAUUACUGAGUGAGAAUUAAUAAAAGCCAUGAAUGUCUGUUGAAAAAUUCCAGGGUUUAUUCUUCGUUUCAGUACAGCCUUCUAAACAAGCACAUGAACUGACAACUCAACAACCAGAAGACACACAUCGACCACACCACACAACUCUGUGGUGUGAUAUGGAUAUGGUUCAACAGACACUUGAGGUCACUGGUUAUUCAGGAGGGUCUGUAGUUCUGCCCUGCUCCUGUACUGAACCACAGACUAAACCUCACCAGCUGAUAUGGACGUAUCAUCAGGGGAAUUAUACAGAAAUUUAUCCAUCUGAACACAUUGAGAGGUACAAGAACAGAGUUACACUGUAUAUAUAUAUAUAUACACAGAAUAUCUACAUCAGACUUCAUGUUAAAGCGUGUGAUAUGGAUAUGGUUCGACAGACACUUGAGGUCACUGGUUAUUCAGGAGGGUCUGUACUUCUGCCCUGCUCCUGUACUGAACCACAGACUAAACCUCACCAGCUGAAAUGGACGUAUCAUCAGGGGGAUUAUAAAGAACUUUAUCCAUCUGAACACAUUGAGAGGUACAAGAACAGAGUUACACUGUUGAAUCAAACUACACCAGGAAAUCUCUCUCUACUCCUCUCAUCACUGACUAAAGAGGAUGAUGGAGUCUAUCAAUGUUAUGUGUCAUCUGACCAGUAUACCUACAUCAGACUUUAUGUUAAAGGGUGUGAUAUGGAUAUGGUUCAACAGACACUUGAGGUCACUGGUUAUUCAGGAGGGUCUGUAGUUCUGCCCUGCUCCUGUACUGACCCACAGACUAAACCUCACCAGCUGAUAUGGACGUAUCAUCAGGGGAAUUAUACAGAAAUUUAUCCAUCUGAACACAUUGAGAGGUACAAGAACAGAGUUACACUGUUGAAUCAAACUACACCAGGAGAUCUCUCUCUACUCCUCUCAUCACUGACUAAAGAGGAUGAUGGAGACUAUCAAUGUUAUGUGUCAUCUGACCAGUAUACCUACAUCAGACUUCAUGUUAAAGGGUGUGAUAUGGAUAUGGUUCGACAGACACUUGAGGUCACUGGUUAUUCAGGAGGGUCUGUAGUUCUUCCCUGCUCCUGUACUGAACCACAGGCUAAACCUCACCAGCUGAAAUGGACGUAUCAUCAGGGGGAUUAUAAAGAACUUUAUCCAUCUGAACACAUUGAGAGGUACAAGAACAGAGUUACACUGUUGAAUCAAACUACACCAGGAAAUCUCUCUCUACUCCUCUCAUCACUGACUAAAGAGGAUGUUGGAGUCUAUCAAUGUUAUGUGUCAUCUGACCAGUAUACCUACAUCAGACUUCAUGUUAAAGAGAAACCACAUGUCCAUACAAUAUCAACAUCUCAACCAUCAAACAGCUUACAGCAAGAGGAUACAACUACUCAACCGCAAGAAAAACAAACACACCACACAACUCUGUAUGUCUUUUGUGUCAAACCUGGGCUUUCUGAUAUUUUAACUCCUGGAGAAGCAGAGGAGGAAACCAUAUGACCAGUGAUGGUCCAGAACUAAGAAGAGAACAGGAAAAUAAGGAUAACUAUUCUUGAUCAAGAUAUUCUGGUGUAUUUGAUUUUAACCAGUAUCUACACCAGCAGGCAUUUAGUCUGAUAGACCACAAGGAAAAUGCCAUAUGUAAUAUGAAAAACAUGAUUUUAAACUUGUGUAUCUAUAGUGUAAAGUUAUUAAUAUUUUUAUAGCAGAUUUUAUAGAGAUAAAAAAAAUGCUUUUUCUUAUAGCUUUGUGUAACAAACUUUUGUGUAUUAGUGUGUAGCUUUGUUUUUUAUAAAUUUAACAUCAAUCAUAAAUAUACAUUGACAUUAGAAGUAAACUAGAAUUUUCUCCAAUGCCUAAAGGUUUUUGUAAAUGAAAAUAAACACAUUUGAAUUGUGAAUUUACCUAAUUCCCCAAAAUGUCUCUCCAGAAAUGUAAAUAACUGUAGAUUGUGGCUAAACAGGAGCAGGGCUACAGGACUGAACCACCUGUAUCCUCCUAAAUAUUUUAUCAGCUGCUCAUUGAAAAUAUUACAUUCUGCAAACAAGUUGUAUUUACAUUUACAAUUAGGCAUUUAUCAGACCCUUUUAUUAAAAGUAACUUACAACAGUGAGGAAAAAUAGGUGAUUCCUCAUAGGAAAGCAACUAUGCGAGGAUAAUAAAUGAAACAAUUGUUUGAAGUUGUAGACUUGUGAAGUAUUUUCAGGUCGUGCAUUUUUUUUAGUAGUUCCUAAAUAAUUGUCAAAAACCUAUGGGAACUUUUUGGGAAAAACCUACAAUAAGCUCAAACCUGGCUGCAAGAUAUGUAAUGUUCUGCGAAGACAAAAUGUGAUCAGUGCAACAUGACUGGGAAACAAAUCACGGCACAACACCCACAGAAUGAUUCCAUAUGCCAGGAUGCUGUGACAGUCUAUCAACUUUUCUUCCAUAUAUGUUUAAAUACAUUUGUGCCUAUGCUUUCUUUUUUUAUAUAUAUUUCUGUGAAAAUGUGUAUCUAAUGUUUCUAUGAUGUGGCAAUAUAAAGAUUCUUUCACUAUGCCAAUAAAGCU